AUGUUAGUCACCACUGCUCUGGCCGCUUUUGGCCCUCUUUUGCAACACUCCUUCACCGGUACCGCCGCAGCCGUUCCGCAGGUUAGCCUCGAAGACUACGGCACCUUCUCCGGAGUUUCCUUAUCAAACACCUUGAGCAAGCAUAAGCUGCCUCAAGAAGUCGAUGCGUGGCUUGGGAUUGACUAUGCCCAGCAACCUAUUGGAAAUAGGCGAUUUCGUCCUUUGGAAGCUCAGCCCGAUGCUUUCGAGGGAGUCAAAAACGCCUCUCAAUAUGGCCCUGUCUGCCUCCAAGACUUGAAAUAUCCCUACCCCGACGAACAAAGCGAGGCCUGUUUGUCUUUCAACGUGUACCGCACCAACGGCAUACCUCUAAGCGAAAAGCUGCCUACCUUGGUUUGGAUUCAUGGAGGUGGCUUUGCGUCAUUUUCCGCACGCGACAUUGACGGCGCUGCUUUUGUUGCAUCAUCCGCAGAGCCUGUAGUUGUCGUUUCCUUCAACUAUCGACUUAAUGCCUUUGGAUUUCUUCCAAGUGACCUUUUCAAGCGUCAGGGUCUCAUGAACCUUGGACUUCAGGACCAACACUUUUUCUUGGAGUUUCUGCAGCGCCAUCUGAGCUCUUUCGGUGGAGAUCCCGAUCAGAUCACACUUGGCGGUCUCUCAGCUGGUGCUCACUCUACGGCAUUCCACUACUUCCAUAAUUAUGGCGUUGACAAGAACAAGCCACUCUUCGUAAGGGCAAUUCUUCAGUCUGGUUCUCCUACUGCUCGAGCGUUUCCUCCUCCCGAGUAUCCUCGCUACAAGAGAGACUUUGCGGCUUUGAUGGACCACAUUGGUUGCUCAGUUGAGGCCGAAGACUCGGAGCAAAUGAGCUGUCUCAUCAGUGCGCCUGCGGAGAAGAUUAGAGAAGUGGCUACAAAGCGAUACGAAGAUGCCAAGAAUCUGUUGGACUGGCCGUGGCAACCGGCACUGGGUGGACUGUUCCUUGAGAAAUCUGGGUCAGAGAGCGGCAUCGAAAGCACAUUUCAUCACCUACCCAUCAUAACGACUUACACUACAGACGAGGGCAAGUAUUACACGCCAGGAAACUUGCAGACCAACGACGACUUUAUCCAGUUCUGGCAUCGCAUGAGCCCCAAUCUCAACGUCACCGAUCUCGCCAUCUUAAACGAGCUCUACCCAGACCCAGUGACACAUCCCGAUUCUCCCUGGGCCAUGUCUCCAAACAGCACACAGUACAACCGAAUCUCAGCUUCGUGGUCUGACAUGGCCUACAUCUGCCCCAGCCGCGAGACUGCCUCCCGGACAUCAGCAGCGGGUGUUCCGACGUGGAGGCUCCGUUUCAACACGCCCGAUCAUCCCUUGGCAGCACAGUCGUGGCGCGGCAUCCCCCAUGCCUCCGACUUUGCGUAUCUCUGGAACGACCCGGCCGUGCCGUACAGGGAUACAGCCCAGAUUUACUAUAGCUACAUGAACAGUUUUGUUCUUACCGGGGACCCGAAUCGCCACCGGCGCGAAGGAGCCGUCGAGUGGCCACAGUAUGGAGCUCGAGGCGGGAAGCAGAUUGUUGUGAACCCGGGAGAUUUCACUGUAGUCGAGGUGGACAAUGCCCGGCCUUUGCAAUGCGCGUUCUGGAACGACCAUGAGAGGGCGCCAAGACUCAACAAGUAG